CACACACACACAUAAACACACGGACAGAAAUGGUUGUCAGCAGUUAACGAAUAUGUGUAUUGAAAUGAGUAUUGCUUACGUGUAAACUACUACAAAAAAUCUACUGGGCUUUCGCCAUGCGAAAUAAAUGAUGCAAAUUGUACUUUACCAAAUGAUAUGUCCAUUCAUCGUAAUAAUGUUGUAAGUUCAAAUGUUUGUCCAUUUUAAUAGGCCACGUUAAAGCACGACAGCACCCCUCUGGAUUUAACGUAUCUCCGAAAUGGUGAAACCGGACACCUGGGCAUUUGCAUUACUGUUUCGGCUCCUUUUCGCCUCCCCUCUCCUUCGCGUCUUUUAUUGCAAGAAGUUUGCUCUGUUCGACCGUUGUAUAAAUUCCGUGAUUGUUCUUACAUUUUUUUCAUAGCAGUGCGAAUUUUGCAGCAUAGUAAGUAUAACUUUAUGCCUUAGAAAGUUAGAGUCAAGUAAAUACACCGGUACAAGUGCCAUAAUAGCGUCAAUUGACUGUUGAAAGUGUGAAGAACGGGAAAUCCUUGGCGAAGGUGGAGAGAAAAAUGGAGGAGAGAAAAGGAGUAUAGGAGACUUUCAGGGGAAAGUAAGUCGGAGCGACAGCUGUAUUUCCGGGGGGAAAAGAAAGACAGUUUCUGCAUGCAUUCAUGUGAAUAUCUAUCUGAGAAAUAACUGCAGACUGCUUAGUUUUGUAGGUGUUUCCUCCUCCUGAACCUCUACUCCCAGGGAGGCUAAUUUCAGAGAGUAUAGGAUGGAUGGAGAGAAAGAAAGGGAAAGGGAGAGGGGAGAGGAGAAGGAGAGUGAUGAGGCAGAGGAUUUCAGUCAGGCUAUGGAAGGGGCAGCCCUGGAAUGGCAGGAGCGUUAUCCCAAAGAUGACCUAGGCUUACCUAUCAUGCACUGGGAGGCCCUGGGCCUACGGAUUGCAGAAUUAGAAAAACAAGAAGAAGACAGGAGAUCAAAGAGUGCCAUUGUUCUGGAACAUGGACGUGUGUCCAGGGGCUGGAUAGAAGAACGGGAGCAAGAGAGUCAGAGGGAGACUUUGGAAGACGGAGUUGAAGAUGACAGUCGAAUUACUGCUCUUACCUCCCGUCUACAGACUCAAAUGAAUCUGCAACUGUGCUUCAUCAACAACAGUGAGAGUGAGGAUGAGGAUGAUGACAGAGAGGCUGGCAGAGAGAAAUCUCAAGUUGUUGCAAUGACUGGCCAUGGCUCUGUGCAACAGUUGCCUUCCCAUUUGACCAAUGACAUGGGCAGAAUAGCUGGACUGCAGAUUGAUCAUGAAGAGAAAAAGCACCCCGCAUGCUGUGAAGCUGUGAUGGAGCAGAGGAGGCUGAAACGUGGUGACCUGCUUACCUUCAGCCUCAAACAGCUGACCACACUAAGGGCCUCUCUCGACCAGGCUAUUCAGGAUCUGAGCUCAGAGUUAGUGGGCCGACUCUUGACCCGUGACCAGCUGCGGACUGAGCAGGAUGCUAUACUUCUGGAAGUGCAGGAUAUGACAUCUCUGCGAUGUGACGAUCAAAGGUCUCCGUGUAAUAUCACUCAGUGAAUUUCCUUGUGGACACUGCUGCUGCAACAAUCUGAUACUGUGAAUGAUUAUUUAUGUGACUGAAUUGCAAGGGAUCACUGAGCAUGGUAUGAACACAAAUGUUGUUUUUGAGACAUUGUCCAUCUGUCCAAUGCCUCAAUGUUGAUGGUUACCAUAGCAUUGCAAUGACUGCUGCUGCUAUUCUUGCCAGACAAACCAAUUACUAUUUUGCUGUGGUAUUUCGCUCUUUGGAAAUAAUUGUACUACCUUAAAUUAUGAACUAUCAUGAUUUUGUAUAUCCUUCCUAAUCACCUGCAUGCAAUGACGAGGUAAUAGGAUGAGAUCUGAGGUAAUCACUAUGGGACAUCACAGUUUUAGUAAUACAAGGGAAAUGUGCCAUUUUGUGUCGU